CGGCGGGCGGGCGCUCUGCCUGCGCCGCGGGCGAGGGGGAGCUCGAUGGUGGGGCAGUGGCCGGGCGGGCCGUGCGGGCAGGACAAAGGGGACCGGCAGCCCAGGCUGGGGCUGUGGGUCAGGGUGGCUGCCGGGGUGCAGGAAUCGUGGGUCCUUGCAGCACAGCUCUGGGAGCAGGAGUGAACUUUGGGGGUGGCGCGGUGGGGUAGGCUCGGGGAGCUGGGGCUGGGGGCGCAGGCAGUCUGUGACUCCACCGCGUCCGCGGAGCGAGGGGGGAAGCAGCCGGCCCCGCCGCGUCCACUCGCCCCCAUGAAGCUGCGGGAAACCCCUUCGGCCUCCCCAUCCUUGUGGCGCUCCCUGCCCUGCCCGCCGGCCGAGCUGCGUCUGGACCUGGUGCUGUCCGCGGGGCAGACGUUUCGGUGGUGGGAGAGCAGCCCGGGAGCCUGGACGGGCGUGCUUGGGGAGCACGUCUGGACGCUGAGGCAGGACCGGGACCGCCUCUGGUACACGGUGUACGACAAAGAGGAGGAUGGGCAUCCUGCCGAGGCAGCAGCGCUGGAUGGUGCUGAGAUGGAGCGGAUCCUGCGUGACUACUUCCAGUUGGACGUGGGGCUGCCAGCCCUGUACCGCGCCUGGGGUGCGGCCGACCCCCUUUUCUGCAAGGUGGCCAAAGACUUCCCAGGCGUGCGAGUGCUGCGGCAGGACCCCGUCGAGUGCCUCCUCUCCUUCAUCUGCACCUCCAACAACCACAUUUCUCGCAUCACUGCCAUGAUCGAGCGCCUCUGCCAGGCCUUUGGCCGCCGCCUCUGCUACCUCGAUCCAAGGGCGUUCCAUGCCUUCCCCUCCCUCUCAGCGCUCACAGGUGCCGAUGCUGAGGAGCGGCUGCGGGCGCUGGGCUUCGGCUACCGGGCCAAGUUUGUGAGCGGGACCGCACGGGCCAUCGCGGAGGGACUCGGCGCCGAGGGGCUGCGCGGGCUGCGCGCUGUGCCCUACGCUGAGGCCAGGAGGGUGCUGUGCACCCUGCCGGGCGUGGGGUGCAAAGUUGCCGACUGUGUCUGCUUGAUGGCUCUGGACAAGGCGGAGGCCGUGCCGGUGGACACCCACGUUUGGCGCAUCGCACGGCAGCGUUACGGCGCUGUGCUGGGUGGCAGGAGUCUGACCCCCCGGGCCCAUCAGGAGAUCGGCGACUUCUUUCGGGGGCUGUGGGGGCCCCCAUUGCUGGCUGGGCACAGGCAGUGAGUACUCUCCUGGGCACCCUGGGGCUCAGCCCUUGCUAUGCACUCUGGAUGUGCCCACCUCAUCAUCUUUCCAUGUUGCCAGGUCC